UAUGGUACCCUUCACAAGAUGUCUGGAUUUAGCCAUUUUUUUCUGAGCUUCUGUAUUCUAGGAUAUACUUUCUGCAGUUCCACAGGUUGGCAUGUAUAUAUGCCAACCAAUAUCAGAGGAUUGAAGGGUUCCUGCCUAUUAAUUCCUUGCACCUUUGACUACUAUCAGAAUCCACCUCGCAGACCAGAUCGUGUGGCUUGGUACCAGUAUGCGAGCCACUCAUAUCCUGUAGUUUGUAAAGAUUGGGACAUUAGGGAUGAAAUUGAUGAAUUUAAAGGUAUAACAUGGACACCUAAUUCUGGAUCUGGGAGAAAUUGUGACCUUUUAAUCAAGCCAGUGACGUGGGUUCACCACAGACAGAAGAUUUACCCCUGGGUAGAUCCAGACUAUAUUGGGAAAUACACCCAUAAAUUCUGGGAUAAAACUGUAAUGAUUGAAGUAGUUGACAGGGCAGAGGAACCUCGUAUUACGAUUUAUGGAGACAGGAAGGUUGGACAGUCUGUGACAGUGCAAUGCACCGCUUCCCACACCUGUUCCUUGUUUCCACCGGAUCUGAGUCUCAACAUCCCACUGCGAAGCCACAGUCUAAGUCAUAGCUCAGGGUCUGAUGGCACAACCAAAACCACCUUGACGACCAUAUUAAACAUAGAGAGAGACCACCAAACUGUGCAGUGCUCCGUCAGACACAUGGGCGGUCACACUGUAACAGCCACUCAAACCUUAAAUGCGAAAUGCUCCUUUUCAGCGUUGACUAUCAGCCGUACAUCAAAUGAAUUCCUUGAGGGACAGGCAAGCAAAGUAACCUGCACUGCCUCAUACACAUGCUCCAAAGAUAUACCAACCCUGACAUGGAACUAUGGUAGCAUGCCAGCCUCCACUGAUACCAGCAACAGUGGAACCACUAGUUGGAGGACUGUCUCCACACUGACAUUCACAGCAUCAGCUAAUGACCAUGAACGACCUCUGACAUGCUACGCACGAUUCACUGGAGGAGGGACGCAGGAUAAGAGCAUCACCCUCCAAGUAAAGAGAAACAUGCUGUCUCGCGGCUGGUCCUUCACCACCCCCCGCAGCAUCACAGGCAUGAGAGGCUCAUGUAUCAUCAUUCCUUGCACAUUCACCUACAGUAAUUCCCAGCCUGCUGACCUCCGAGUUAUAUGGUACUUGUUCCAGAGCAAUGGGUACUCACCUGUAUUUGAUGAGCAACAGAAUAUUAUGAGUAAGUUUAACGGGAUAACCAGCUUGAUUGGAUCUGUGGGGGAGAGGAAUUGUAGUCUUAAGAUCGAGAGGCUGGAGAUGUCACAUAACCAGGACAGACUUUACCCAUGGGUGGACAAGCACCCUAUCACCUCCUACCAAAGCCUGGGUCCCACAUUUUAUGAAAAAACCUCUCAACUUAUUGUUUCAGACCAAGCACACAAACCACAGGUGAGCAUCAUAGGUAUCCCCAGGGUGGGAGAAGAGAGCACAGUGUCCUGCAAUGUUCGCCAUACAUGUAUCUCUGCUCCCCCCACCCUGACCAUAAGUGGUAUACCUGGAGAAGAUCUCAUUACGGACACUUUGGUAACUGAUGGGAUUUGGGAAAGGACAGUAGAGAGAACCUGGGCUGUAAAAGAAGAGGACCAGAGUGCGAAGUGUACGGUUAGCUACAGUGGGGGUCAAAGAGAAACAAGUGAGAUCAAGCUGAAUGUUGAAUGUCCAUAUGAUGACAUCACAAUGACUGAGCGGCCUGGCGACGCAACAGAGGGUGUGGCAAAGAGUGUCAUUUGUUCUGUUUCCUACAAAUGUAAGAAAAAUAAACCAACCAUUGUGUGGAACUACGAAGACAUGCAGAGUUCGUUAAAAACCAAAGAGAACUCCAGCAAUACCUUUAUCACAGUGUCAAAUUUAACCUUUAUUGGCUCUCUUGAGGAUGACGGUAAAUCUUUGACCUGCACUGCUCAGUUUGUUACUGGCGAGACCUCAGACUCUGAAACCCUUCAUAUAAAAAAAUAUGUGAGAGAUCCAUAUGAAAAUGACACGUUCCAUGAUCAGGCUGCUGACGUCCCUUUCAGAUUCAGCGCCCUGACCGGCUCCUGUGUGGUGAUUCCCUGCAGCAUCCCGUACAAGGAAGAUGAGCCUUUCACGCGUGGCAUCUGGUCCAAAAGAAAUAAUGAUGUCAUCUACCAUAAUGGCCAGAGCUUUGUGGUUGACCAUUUCAAGGGCCGCACCAGACUAUUAGGAGAGCUGAAUGAGGGAAACUGCUCAUUAGAGAUUGAUGACAUCAAACCCUUUGACAAUGGGCCCUUCUGUUUCCAUGCAGAGAGAGCUAACAUGGAAAGAUACAGAUUCAACAAUAGCUGCGUAUUUAUUGUUAUGAAAGCGUCCCCAGAAAAACCAGUGAUGACCUCAGUUCCAGCAGAAGUCGAUGCUGGCUCAACGAUUACUGUCUCGUGUUCUGUGACGCACACAUGUCCGUCGCAUCCUCCAGUGUUCUCAUGGAGUGUCCCUCACCUCACCAGCGAGGUCACGCACACCUGGACGCCGCAGGGCAUCUGGGAGACGACCUCCACCAUCACGUUCACGGCUGCUGGAGGAGACGGGGUCAAAAACCUAACCUGUACUGCUGUCUCCUGGCUCGGCAAACAACGAGCCAGCACAGUCCAGAUGACUGUAAAGGGAACAAGCUCUCGGUCAGUAGCCAUUGCAGUGUCAACUCUAGUCCUGGUUGUAAUCAUCCUAGCUGCAGUGUUUGGAGUGGUCUUCUAUAGGAGGAGGAAGCGCUCUGACGACCAGCUUAGACCACCACCUCGUCCAGAGAAGAGGAGAUCACUGUGGGAUAGAUUAUCCAGGAGAAACCCUGAAGACAGGGAGAGACCUCCAAGACCAGAAAAACGGGGGUCCAUUUGGAAUCGAUUCUCCCGAAACCAAGGCAAUGCUGCAAACAUCAGUGUUGGCUAUUCACGCAACACCACCACUGUAAACUGUGACACUCAAAUCUCCAAACAACGCUUUCCAUCCCCAAAGGAUCACCGGAGAGCUCCUCGCUCCGUCAGGCCUGAGGAUUACAAUGUGUAUGGCAACUGUUGAGUUCUUCAAGACACUUCUCGGAAACAUCACAUUCUUAGGGACAACAUUGCGGUUAUUUUUUUA